ACUCUGUGUUUACAAAUACAGUAAUGGCGGCAAACGAAGUCAUAGAGCUGGAUUCUGGCUCAUCCGACGAUGAAUAUAAGGAUCCACCACGCAAGCCUAUUGGUUGGAACUACCAGGGCACUGCUGUGAAUGCUCCUGAGGACCCACCACGUAAGCCUAUUGGCUGGAACUACCAGUGUACUGCCUUGGAAGCACCUAAGGAGCUGCCACGCAAGGUUGGUGGCUGGAAGAAUAAAGGUACUAUCUUGGAUUUACCGAAGGGCCCAACAUUCAAGCCUGUUAAUUGCAAGAUCAAAGAUACUACCUUGAAAACACCUAAGGCCACAUCAGUCGAGCCUAUUGUUUGCACUGUUGAGGAUACUGCCUCGGAAAUAAAUGAGGACCCACCACGAAAGCCUAUUGGCUGGAACUACCAGCGUAGUACUGCUUUGGAUGCAUCGAAGGACCUGCCACGGAAGGCUGGUGGCUGGAAUAAUAAGAACAUUGCAUUGGAUUCACCUAAGGUCCGACUACGAAAGCCUAUGGGCUGGAACUACCAGCGUACUGCCUUGGAAGCACCAAAGAAGGCUGAUGGCUGGAAUAAGAACAUUGUCUUGGAUUCACCCAAGAUAUUGGGGAAUGACACAGAAGCUUCUAGGCAAGAACAUCAAGGAUACUACUCUGGAAUAUGCCUAAGAUUCAUCCAUGGCCCAACAGUCAAGCCUAUUGUUUGCAACAUUGAAGAUACUACCUUGGAAACACCUAAGGCCACAUCAGUGAAGCCUAUUGUUUGCACUGUUGAGGAUAUUACCUCAGAAAUGCCUGAGGAGCCACCACGAAAGCCUAUUGGCUGGAACUAUCAGGGUACUGCCUUAAAAGCACCUAAGGAGUUGCCACUCAAGGCUGGUGGCUGGAAGAAUAACACUGUCUUGGAUUUACCUAAGGGCCCAACAGUCAAGCCUGUUGCUUGCAACAUUGAAGAUACCAGUACCUUGGAAACACCUAAGGCCACAUCAUUUGAGCCUAUUGUUUGCACUAUUGAGGAUACUGCCUCGGAAAUGCCUGAGGAUCCACCUCGAAAACCUAUUGGUUGGAACUACCAGGGUACUGCUUUAAAAGCACCUAAGGGGCUGCCACUCAAGGCUGGUGGCUGGAAGAAUAAGAACACUGUCUUGGAUUUACUUAAGGGCCCAACAGUCAAGCCUAUUGUUUGCAACAUUGAAGAUACUACCUUGGAAACACCUAAGGCCACAUCAGUGAAGCCUAUUGUUUGCACUGUUGAGGAUAUUACCUCAGAAAUGCCUGAGGAGCCACCACGAAAGCCUAUUGGCUGGAACUAUCAGGGUACUGCCUUAAAAGCACCUAAGGAGUUGCCACUCAAGGCUGGUGGCUGGAAGAAUAACACUGUCUUGGAUUUACCUAAGGGCCCAACAGUCAAGCCCGUUGCUUGCAACAUUGAAGAUACCAGUACCUUGGAAACACCUAAGGCCUCAUCAUUUGAGCCUAUUGUUUGCACUAUUGAGGAUACUGCCUCGGAAAUGCCUGAGGAGCCACCACGAAAACCUAUUGGCUGGAACUACCAGGGUACUACUCUAAAAGCACCUAAGGGGCUGCCACUCAAGUCUGGUGGCUGGAAGAAUAAGAACACUGUCUUGGAUUUACCUAAGGGCCCAACAGUCAAGCCUAUUGUUUGCAACAUUGAAGAUACUACCUUGGAAACACCUAAGGCCACAUCAAUGAAGCCUGUUGUUUGCACUGUUGAGGAUAUUCCCUCAGAAAUGCCAGAGGAGCCACCACAAAAGCCCAUUGGCUGGAACUACCAGGGUACUGCCUUAAAAACACCUAAGGAUUUGCCAUGCAAGGCUGGUGGCUGGAAGAAUAAGGGUACUGUCUUGGAUUUACCUAAGGUCCCAACAGUCCAUCUUGAAGAUACUACCUUAAAAACAACUAAGGCCACACCAGUUGAGCCUAAUGUUUGCACUAUUGAGGAUACUGCCUCGGAAAUAUCGGAGGACGUACCGUUGUUACCUGUUGGCCAGAACAGCCAACGAAAUGCCUUGGAAACAUCUAAGGAAUUGCCACAAAAACCUGUUGGCUGGAACAGCCAGGGUACAGUCUCAGAAGUGCCCAAGGAGUUAACACAAAAGCCAGAUGGCUGGAAAACACAGAAUAUUUUCUUUGAUGAACCCAAGGAAUUAAUGCAACAGCCAGUUGGCUGGAACAUGAAGGAUAUUUUCUUGGAAUCCUCUGAGGAUGUAACACAGCAGCCAGUUGGCUGGAACACGGAUGAUAUUAUCUUGGAUGAACCCAAGGUUUCACCGGCAAAAGUGAAUGGAACAGUACAUGCUGGUGGUGUCAAGACUGAAGAAAAAGCAGAAGAAAAUAGUGAUAUAGAAAUUGUAGAGGAGUCAGUGAGUGCCAAACCCCAAUCCCUAGAAACUGUUCAUAAGGUUCCCUCGUAUUCAAGAUCAGAAAUACGUAAGAUAAUUCGCAACUGUUCACAAACUUCUAUCACAGGUUUUUUUGAUAAAAGUAAGAUGAAAAUUAAAACUGAAGGCAUUCCCAGCAAAAAAAUUAAAUCUGAAAAUGUAGAGGAUAAGAAAGUAAGUAGUGAUGUUAAGUGUGUGUUUCAAAGUGUCAACUCUGAAAAAGACAGAAAACAGCCAUCAGUAAAAUUAAACGCAAGUGUAAAAGUUGAAAACGAAAUUAAUGAAAAUGAUCAUGACUACAAUGAAAAGAAAAAAAUUGAAGAAGAUAGGAAAAAACUUGAGGAAGAGAAAAGGCAGAUCGAAGAAGAAAAGAAAAAGAUAGAGGAAGAAAAGAAAAAGCUAGAGAAGCAAAGAGAGGAGGAAGUGAGAAAAAUAAAAAAGAUAGAGGAAGAAAAGAAAAAGCUAGAGAAGCAAGGAGAGGAGGAAGUGAGAAAAAUAGAAGAUGAAAAGAAUGGAGUUGAAGAAGAAAAGAAAGUUGAAGGAAAGAGCACAAAAGAGAUUCAUCCAGCAGGAAACCUGAAUGAUGAAGAAAACAGCGAAACUAGCAUAGCCUGUGUUGAAAAUUUUAUGAGCCGCUGGGAAGAAAUAAAGUCUAGUAAAGAAGACAAAAAAAUUAGAGACAAAUUAUGGAAAUAUUACUACUUAGCUCACACCACUUAUACACAUUCAAGGAAAUUCAUAAGCCUAGUCGAAGCUUCCACUCGCAGGUUGUCCCUUGACAACAUUUAUGUUGUUGUAAAAGAUUUGCUGGAUAAUCUUAAGCACUACAAGGACCAUCCGUUCAAGGUUAAGAAUAAUCAAGAUGAACCAUCUACAAGUGCCUUACCAGAGGAAACAGAAGAAGAUUUUAAGAGAAAUAAGAAGUUAAGAAAAGUGGAAAAGAAAAUGAUGGAAAUAUCAAGGAAAAUCAGACAAUUAGAGGAACAAGAAAUAGAUCUUGAUGACGAGGAUAAUUCUUCUUAUCUGAUAGAAGACAGAUUAAAAAGACAGUUCAGCAGACUACAUGAUUACUACUGUAAAAUUGCUGAAUGUACCCCUGCUACAGGACGUCCCAUCGAAAAAAAAUUUCGUUAUACUGGUUCUCGCUACGAGGAGGUUAACAAGAGAAUAAGCACUUGGGUCAAUAAGACAAAGGAAUUCCCAGAUUAUGUAGAUAUUUUAAAUUUGAUAAAGAAAGUAACUAGAGAUAAUUGCUUGCCCCUUAGACCAGAAACUGUUAGAGUACAAGCUCAAGAAAUUUUCAGAGAUGUUGGCAGAAUAUUGAAAGAGAGGCGUGAAAGCGAUGACCUUUAUAAUAUUUACUCAUACGUUGAUAAUCCUGACGACGAUCCCGCCGAAAAAGAUGAGGAACUCUCUAAAAAGCUAGCUAAAAAUGGAGUCUUAGCCAAAGAAAAACUGGACAAGAUUUUCCAAUCAUAUGUAGAGAAGGAGGCAGAUGCAAGACAGGCUGCUGAUGUGAAAAAGUCACCUAUGAAAGAAGAUAAAGAAAUUGUGAAAAAUGAGUCUGUUAAAAAAGAAUGUGAGAUAAAAUCUGAAGUGCAAACUGAAGAGGAUGAGGAAGAAGAGGAAGACGAUGGUGAUUUAGCGAAGUAUGAUGUAGAAGAGGAAGGUGAAACUGAAGCGGAGGAUGAAGAAGAAGGGGAUGAAGAUGAAGAUGAUGAUGAAGAUGAAGAAGAAAAAGUUUUAAAUGACAUGCCUCAUGUUGAGUAUUCUAAUUCCAAAGACUUUGAUGAUAAUGAAGAUACUGACGAUGAAUUACGAGAUGUUAUUGCAAGUGCCUCCGUUGAAGAAGAAUUAUCAGAAGAAGAUGUUCCCAUUAUUGAUAGUGAAGAUGUGAGACAUGAUGAAGGAAUUGAUGUAGAUAGUUCAUCUUCUAUUGUUUGCCUGGAUAAUUCAAGUAGUGAAAGUUUUACAUUUCUGGACCAGAAAGCACUAUCAUCAAGUACUGUGGCAUCAACAGUGCCUGUCUCCAAGGAAGUGUACUUCCCUGCUCAAACCAUUGACCGUGUGCCAGAAAAGAGAAAACUGAAUGAAGACUUCCCCCCACAGAAGAGGCCGUGUCUGGAGAUUCUUAAUCCUUGAGUCUUAGUGUUAACAUUUUAUGCCAGUGUUUACUUGAGAUGAGAUGGUUUCAGAUGUUUCAACAUCAGUACUGCCAGUUACUUGUUUUUGUAAGUGCAAUGUGAUGUAUAAUAGCACAGUAGUUGAAAUAUGAACAUCAAGCCUAUGUACACAAUAUCAAGAUUGGAAAGUAAGUGUAGUGGACAGAAUGCCAAAGAGAUACUGUGUAUGUAUGAAUUAUUUUUUUAUUUAUAGGAAAUAAAUUUUGUAGGUAGAUUUUCCCUCUUGUAGAGGAUAUCUAUAGAUAACAGUUAAACUUAUGAAAUACAUGGUAAUGUCUUUUAGUUGACAGUAUAUAAAGUUUGAUAAGUUUUCCUGUAAAUAGAAGGUUUAUGGUAUUUAUGUAUGGCGGCUUGGUUAAACUACUCGACUUAUUGGAGCCAGUGAAUAUGAGCCAUAUUUUUGAAGUGAACCUAACUUCUUCAUUAUAUGUUUUACUGCUCUCCAUCUGUAGUUUGACAGAUUGCAACUAAAAUUAUGAGAAUGCUAAAUUUUCUAUGAAUAACUGUUUUCAUCUACUUCCCCCACCCCCAACCAGGGGAGCAAUCAGUGCUCUCAGCCGAUCAUUCUACUUUUGUCACGGGUUUCGAUAGGAGAUUGACAGAAGUUAAAUGUACUUGGUUAUAUUUAAUUUUUUUUAUAUUAUUUAAUUUUAUUAUAUGUGUCCAAUUAGAACUUAUAAGGUGAAAGUUGCAUUAGUAAAUUAAAUGAAAUAGUGCGGAAAAUGAUUGCGAGUGAAGGGAGCUUGUUAAGUAGUAGAAACAACUAAAGAGUAUAAGUCUUGUUUUGUCUGCUUUCCCUGUUAGUAACUGGUUAGUUAGCGUAUGUGUAUGGUAUGUAUGCAGAUUUUUUCAUUCUUGCUUGGACACUUGAAAUGCAAAGCUAUAAUUUUUAUGGGGAUAUCAAUUUUUACCAUAGUUUUAAUCACCUUUAUUUUAUUUGUUUAAUUUAUGAAUUCAUCACCAUAAGUAUUCAUCUCAAACCAAAUUCAUUAUAGCGCUGAGUAAUCCCUGGGAUUCCAGUGCUUGGUUUCAAGCCUAAAUCUCAUGUUGCAUUCUAUUCUAGUAACUGGUUAGGUCCUCAGUCUGUUACCAUUUAUUCAGGGCAUUAGAUUUGAUAGGAUGGAGUAAUUUUUCAUGUUCACUUGUCAUAAUUUUGCAGUUUAUUAUUAUUAUAAUUAUUAUUUUCUCUUUUCUUUUCUGUGCUUCCUUUCUGAGAGUUGUUAAGUUCAGGUUAUUUCCUUGUUUCAGAGGAAGGGGUGUUGGCCCUUCCUCCAACUUGAGGAAAAAACCGAACUCAACAAGACUCUCAAAUGAAAAGAAAGAAAAUAAUGAUAAUAAUACCCUGCAAAAUUAUGACAAGGGAACAUGAAAAAUGACUCCAUCUUAUCAAAUGCAAUGCCCUGAAUUGAUGGAAAGCUUACUGGAGUAACAGACUGAAGAGAGGAAGCAGAAGACCUAACCAGUUACUAACAGGGGUACCAUCUAGAUGUCUUUCAAGUGUUAAGGUGGAGUUUCCCAGGUCUCUGGUACAUUGCCUUGGAAUCUGUAUGCAGUUCAGUUCAUUAUGUUGUCAUCCUUUGAACGUUUUGGAACAAGUUCCUUGUAAAGAGGUUUCUGUGGAAACUCUUCACAGUAGCCUUAGCUACAGCUUAAGAGUGAGAGCUACCAGCUUUGUCGGUUAAGGUAGGCUUUCUUAAAGACGAGGCAAUUAUUUUUUCCACACAAAAGUUAGGUAUUGUUUGUGAGGCCUCAUAAUUUAUAAGUGAUAAAGUCAAUGCAACCUGCUUUAGAUCAUUUGUACUCCCUUUACUAGAAUGCUGUUCUCUUGUGUGGAUGUCUUCUGCCAGAGAUUGAUCUCUUUUAGGUAGAGUGGUUCGUGGUAGUAGGUUUCUGUUUCCCAAUAGUAGUAGUUAUGACUUGGACCAUCAAAGGAUGAUCUCUUGUUUAUCACUAUCACUUUUUCAUAAGUUGUAUUUCAACAGAGAUUUUUUACAUUCACUGUUAAGACCUCAGUUUGUUAGCUGUUAAAAAUACAAAUUGAUUAAAAAGUUUGUCAUUUUUGGGAAGUUGGGAAUGCUCAAUGUUGAGUAUUGGAAUUGUACCUGUUGGUUCUGCAGGGUUUUAGCACAAUAACCCUACCUCUCCUUCUGCUGAAGGGGCCACCCUCCAUGAAGACCUCAGGUAUCCUCAUGAUGAUGAUCUUGUAUUUGAGUGACACUCCUCCUGAGGCGUCAGUAAUAGCUGAUGGAUUGAAUUCACUGGGUAAACAAACACUGGUUUUGUACUAAAUAUUCUGUUACUUUGUAGCUUUAAAAGGAUUGUCAGAUUUUCACUUUACCCAUUUCCUUUUCAAAGAUGGGAAUCAGCCAUAUAAUGGAGAGGUAAGGUUCAUUUCAAAACUCCAUUUUAUAACUUGUCCUCCCUGCCUCACAUUCAAAGUGGCAGAAGCAGACUGACCGGCUACAAGUGUUUGUACUUAUCGCUCCCCGGGUGAGGGGUUAGGGGAUGUAGUAGGUAGAUGGAUAGAAAUAUUCAUAAAGAACUGCUUUUAUUUUUUGUUUCGCUCUAUCGAACUACCGCUGGCACAGAAGUAUAAGCUAACUAAUGGAGAGGUAAGUAUUUAAAAAAUAGAUCUUGAAUUAAGUAUUUAUAUUUUUAUGUUUAUUAUUGUUUUAUUCCUCCUUUGAGAAAAAAUUUAUUUAAUUGCUGAAUAUUUGGAGUGCUGAAGCCAAACUUUAUUGGAAGUUUUCAUAAAUAUGUGUAAUGUAAAUUUUUUAUUUAAAUGUUUUUUUAUUUGCUUUAGAAAUUAGCCAAGUUGUCUCAUACCAUGCAAUUAGGAUAACUUAGCAUUAUGAGGUCAAAUUUGCUUUUCUUGCAUCAGAUAGUAUUUAGAUGUUUUAAAAGUAUUUAUUAUGCUCUAUUGCUCAUAUGAAUUAACAAGUGGUUCAUAUUGAAAUUGUUUUGCAGUAGGAAAAUGGUUCACAUUUGGUUUUGUUCAGGUUUUUUGUAACUGUACUUUGCACAUGAAUUAGUUAGUGACCUUCAAUUUAUCUGGAAACAAAGUGCGGCCCCAAUAUUCACUUAAACUACAGUAAAUCACAAACACCUUAUGUAACAGAGUACUAAACACACGCUCAUUAUAACACAAUCUGUUUAUGCCCGCCCAUUUAAACCCCAAUAUACCUCUAUAACAACAGUUAUUGGUUAUACCUGGCAAAGACAAAUACUGUAUUACUGUAUAAAUAAGAAAAGAGAUUUCAAACUAACGUAAAUUAAUAAUUUAUAAUCGAGUAUUUACAUUUUGCUAAAUGUUCAUCGGUCAGGAAUGGGAGCAAUGUAAGUAGGAUAUAAUUUUUAUAAUUUAUUAUUUUAUGCAGUGAAAAUUAUGACAAAAACACUAAAUAAUAAAGAAUGAGAGGGAAGGAAACCCCCCCCCUCUCUCUCUCUCUCUCUCUCUCUCUCUCUCUCUCUCUCUCUCUCUCUCUCUCUCUCUCUCUCUCUCUCUCUCUCUCUCUGAAAUACUUUAGUAUAUGGGAAAAAUAUUUUAUUAAAUAUCUUACUGUACUAUGGAUAUUCACCAGUUGCUUCCUACUCUGUGCUGGUGUUCCAGCCACGAUGACAAUGACAGUGAAAUGUACAAUACCUAUGAUAAUGAAAUAAAGAUGAAUGGUGGCAUAAGCACUGUGAAAGCAUUUGCAUUAUUGGCUUUGUCAUUGGUCAUCCUCAAAGAUUGGAUGAGUAGGAGAUGACUUGAGUGAAGAGUAUGGCAACAGCUGUAUAAUGGUAGGACCUGAUGGAGUCAUGGCUGAGGAUUUCUGUAGGGGACACUUUCUUCUCUUUAGUCUGGAAGAACUUUGUAAUGGACAGCUGUUUCCUUUUUCCUUUUAAGUUCAUUGUGUACUUGUAGCAGUAUUAGAUAUUAGACAGGUGACUUUGAUGCUGCAUUUAAUGGAAUGAUCAGAAUUUUUCAAUUUAUCUUUAGCAGUUUGAAUUUUGCUGGACACUUCACUCAUCUUUUCCAAUGUCCAUUUUGAGGGUUCAGCCUCACUUGCCAAUUUUUCAUCCUCAGACAUUAACAACCUGAUCAGAUUUUCAAGCGCCUCGUUUGCCAGCUCCACACCCUCAAGAUGCUUGAUGACAACAUUAUUGAUGUGCCCCAUUUCAUUGCCACUAACUUGUUUGCCAAAUUGAUGACCAUCUGCAUGUUGCUUUUGAUAGCCAGGAAUCCUUUGAAGUCAUUCACAGCUUUUUUCCACAGAUUCUUCCACAGCAUUCAGUGUUUCUGGUUUCACUGGUGAAUGCUUUCCAGAAGUCUAUGCCAUUCACGCUAGGUUCGGCAUUAAUAGCUGCCUGGAUCAUGUCCAGUGGUGCCUUGGUCAAGAGGCUUGUGGAGCAAAGUCAUGUUGGUAGGUAAAAGUAUGACCUGCGCAUGUAAGUGUUUUACAGUAAUAGAUUGAGGAUGGCUAGUAGCAUUAUCUCUUAUUAAGAGGACUUUGAAAGGCAACUCUUCCUUCUACCUGGGUUACACAAGUAUUUUAUUAAUUUAACCGGAUUUCAAGCUGGCGCUAGAAGAUUAUCCUAAUGUUAAGACAGAAGGUUUGUUAGGUAUGAAAAAUACAAAUUGAUUAAAAAUUUGUCAUUGUUUAUAUGCGGAACAAACCUUUGGUCUUAGCAAUAGGAUUACUUUCCAAGUGCCAGCUGGUAACCGGUUAAAACAAUCAAAGAUUGUAAAACAAGGAAUCUUUGAGAUCUGGCAAUGCCUGUGCAUGCAAGGUGAAAGCUGGUCAGAGACCACGUGUUGGACCUAGUGAUACUUUAAUCUUUCCUUAACCGCCUUGGGGAGUAGUCGCUUUCGCUUUGCUUUCCUUCCAAGCUGGUUGUUUGUGCCCAUGUUCUGUCAGUGCGUUUUGUGUGUGUUUUUGUUGUCUUCCUCAGAGUCUUCACGGCCUUGUCAACGCAUGUGCCUGGGCAUUCAGAGUUUUCUGUGCUCAAGGUUUUUGGCAUCGUUGGCCACGGAUCCACGUAUGACUUGCAGUAGAUGCUGAGCAAAUUUUUGUACAGUGACUAACCCCUGCCUGGAAUUUUGUGCCUGGCCUAAGUCUCAGUGGAGGGUGUUUUAGAGUAAGAGGGAACACCGCAGAGUUUUGACUCUUCCUUCUUGGGAGGGGUUUUCUUCAACUCAUUUGGACGAUUCGGCUCCUCCAUCUUCCUCGGUCGCUCUUCAUGAUGCUAAUUCUGGUGUUCCUGUUUCUCUUUCCUUUUUUUCCAUUGAUUCAUCGAUGGAAGUAUUGGAAGUGCCACAGGGUGAUGUAGGUAAUACAGAUUAAAAAUUUGUCAUUUUACAUCAUGGAUACAGCAUUUGUGGGACCACUGUGCAAAAGCAUAGCAGCAAUCCCUGGUAUUGUGUUGCCAAUAAACAGGAAGCUUGUAGUUCAUAUACGAAACAAACCUUCGUCUGAACAUUAGUUUAAUCUUCUAGUGCCAGCUGGAAAUCCUGUAACGUUAAUAAAAAAAUUUGUGUGACCCAGUAAUAUUGGUAUCUGUUUUAGUUGUUUAGAGUGUGUGAAUAUUUUGCUCAGUACACAAUUCCAGGCUUUGUUAGUGGCCAGCCACAUUGCUGCGCAACACCAGAGUCAUCGUGUCCUUCCAUGCUUUAAGUCAAAUGCAUCUUUUGCAUUUUAAUGGAUUUAGGUUUGCUGGGCAUUUUCUUCCAGAAAAGAUCUAUUUUGUAGCAAUUCAGCACCUGCUUGGAAUCAUAGCCUCCAUCUUUGAUCAGUUUUUAACUGCAGGAAACGUAUUGGCAGCCUUUUUGUCCAUAGAUGCAGUCUCCAGUAAUUUUUUGUUUUUCAGGUUAAAUUAAUGAUUCAAUAAAUUUAACCAUCACCUUACUGGCUGUAAAUGACUUGGUUCCCGCUGUAGUAUCAGCCAUACCACUGCAUUGAGCAUACAGGGACAAGGCUUUCUGCCAUAUAAUGUUUCUAUCCAUAGAUCUCGCAUAUUUUUAAUAUCCUUUAUCCCCACACAGUUUUACCAACAUUAUUAUGCGCUAUUGAACUUACUGUUACAAUUGUGGGUGCCUUUUCUAUGCUUGGAGAUAUGAAGAAUCUAUGAUUUGUUCAUUAAUAUUCUAGCAGUCUUUGUAUGAAAUUUUAUCGUUUCAAUCAAAUCUAACACUACCGUUUUUGCUAAAGUAGGUACGUUACAGGCUCUUGGGGUCACUUUCACUACCAACAGGAAACAGUUUAUGUAUUCUUUCUGCUAAAAUUGACCUUCUUGCACACAUGCUGAAAAUAUAAGGGUGUAAGGUACACAACUUUUCCCCUGGGCCGAAUAGAACCCGCAUGGAAAAGUUUUCUGGUAAAAUUCAUCACGUCUGAACUAUAACUGAUAUAUGCUUCUGGUUAGUGUUAUUAUGUCGGCAAAUGAUUGAAUUAUUUCCUGAAGCAAUCAGAACUUCUUUGCGAGGCUUAGAAAUAAUCAAAACUAUUUGAACGUGAAAUUUUUAAGAAAAAUCAUAGAUAUUUUUUGGAAAUAAUCAUGAAAAAUAUAAUAAUCAGGUUUGGGGAGUUUGUUUUAUACCUAAAUGGUGUAGAAAUGUUAACUUUCACGUGGAAGCAAUAAGAGCCUCAAUGGCGUGGUUGGUAUGGUCUUAGCAUGUCACCUCGGUGGCCGCGAGUUCGAUUAUCGGGCAUUCCAGUGAGGUGUUAGAGAGGUGUAUUUCUGGUGAUGGAAGUUCACUCUCAAUGUUGUUCAGAAGUCAUGUAAAGCCGUUGGUCCUGUUGCUGAAUAACCACUGGUACCAUGCAACGUAUAAACACCAUACAAACAAACAAACGUGGAAGCAAUAAUUUUGCUAUAGAUGUGUUUGCUAAUGAGCUGUAAUUGAUUAAAAAAAAAUUUUUUUUGGAGUGCAAUUUCAGAUUUUCCAACCUACUUAUGUUGACGUUUUGUAUUAUUGCUAAGUAAGCUAGCAGCAUCCUGUUUGCGUUUUCUUCAGGAUUCAUUAUCUGUCGACCCAAUGGCAUCAACUACGUUUUCUAUAAUUGACUCUCCCCCCCCCCCCCCAAAUAACUUGUAUAUAUGACGCGCCUGGCGUGUUAUCUGUGCACUUAUGGAAAAAGAUUUAUUGACGCACUACACGUCAUCAGAUCACGAAACGGUUAAUUUCGUAAUCCUAUGAUUUUAGUAUGACAUUCCAAUAUUUAGAGGUUAUAUCUACAAUUGAAUUUGAAAUUACUUUUGUUAAUUUUAUUGAAAUUUUGUUCUGAAUUAUUGUGGUUAUGUUACCAGUAGUUUUUUUUUAUUUUUUAUUAUUAUUAUUAUUAUUAUUAUUAUUAUUAUUAUUAUUAUUAUGAAACUUCACAUACAGAUAAUGGGGUUGAAAUCCAUCAAGAAUAUCCUAAUUUAACCAGACUAUUGAACUGAUUUAUUUAGCUUUUGCAGGCUGGUCUGAAGGAUUUGGCUUUAUUUAUUAUCAAGUUUUGAUUCUAUUGGGUAAAUGAAAGGUUGAAAGGUAACUUAGUUUAGUAUUAUUGUAUGGGUUUGAAAAGAUCCAGAUAAAGGAAAUAUAUUUUCAUUUUGUACUUGGUACCUUCAAAACCUUAUGGUAUGCCUGUGUGUGUGUGUAUGUGUUGCUUAUUUAUGUUAGUUUAAUCAGAGGACAACAAUGUGCAAAUAAAAUAAUACUGUAGAUUUUUUACCAAAUGGCUUUUCACUGAUUUUCCUUCUGUAUGAAAUUAUUCUGUUUUGUAGUUGCAGUAGCAACUUAAUCAUGCUGCCCAUAAAGUGCAAAAUUGUGUGUUGGUUACAUCAUUCUGGUCAUUAUGGCUCUAUCUACUUCUGUUUUCUUUAUCUACUUCUCUAUUGUACAAAAAUAAAAUAAGUGCAUUUGGUUGAUUUCAUCCUGAUUUCAAUCCUGAAAGUGUGCAAGUAGCUUGCAACUUUAUUUUUUUAAGGUCAUUGAUUUCUGCACUGCCAUUUGCCAUCAUUGUUGUCAUAUUGUCCUUUGAUAUAGUAAGGAGUUUAUUUUUUAAGGAAUUGAUACAUUUGAAAGGCUUUCUAAAGAGUGUGAUGUUAAUUUAACUGGUUUUUAACAGGUUUAUUUGUUAAUUAUGUUCUGUUGCACUGAUUUCAUGUAACUUCCAUUGAGACCUUGAGAAUGAAAGUUAUUAAAGAAUUAUCAUAUUCCCAGUUUUGAAUGAAGGCUUUGGUAUGAAGUACUCAUGAGAGAUAGUGACAGAUUGUAUUAUAAUAAACAUGAAGAACUGUUUCUUAUGCUCUAACAGUUUAUUUCAGAUAUUUUGAAGGGCAGUUGAGAUUCAGAUAACAUAAGAAAAUAAUUUAUUUUACAAUAGAAUGGUCUUGUUAUCUUCAAGACUUAAUGGUAUGCUGUUUGGUGCAUUAGCUUCUUUUACCAUUUCAAAACUGGGGCUGAAAGUGGAAAGAGUAGUUAGUGCUUUAGGUAUAUUUCAAAUAGGCGUCUCCUUUGCAGCUUUUAUUGAUUUUUCUCAUGAAGUGGUUCUCUCUUGAUUGUCGUGGUUGAUGCAAAAAGCUAGUGAUGUGUAUUUAAAAAGGGCUCUAUUUUGUAGUUGAUAAUUUUAUUGCGUUAAUCGCAUUAAAGGGGAACUUCUGGUUAAUAGCCAUUAAAUUUCAUCGAACAGAUUAAUAAACUAAAAAAUGAGCCAGUGCUCGAAUCUUUACGUAAUCCCCUUAUUUUACAAUUUAAUUUCAAAUUAGCACCCAGGUACUUCAAUGGAGAGUGCCAUUUAUCCAGGAUUUGACUAUGUUGUUAUCUGGCGGAUUAGUACUGAGACAUAGUGUUACGGUCGCCUCACAAUAACGAGCAGCGAAGCACGAGUAUUGUAGAGUAUUUGUCCUCGGUGUUGUCCUCGUGUUUUAGGUCAAUUGUCAUUUAAAUAGCUUCAAUUAUGCCAACUUGUAUGGUGUUUGGUUCUGCCACUACUUCUGGCAAGUGUCCAAAAAGCAUAUCAUUCUACAGGUUUCCGUCAGGUAGAGAGAAAUCAAGCCUGAUGGGUCUUCGAAGGGAAGAUAUCUGCUUCAAAACUUUUCAACCUGCGACGAAAACCAUUGUCUGUUCGAACCAUUUCUUGCCAACAGAUUUAAAAGAUUACAUUAGUUGCAAGUUAUUAGCCAUGGCUAUGAAAUUUCUGUAUGUUUUGGGAACUUAAUUUCCCUCUGAAUAGACCACGGUAUCGACGAAGAUAGAUAGAGCAGCUAUCUACCGCUAUCUAUACUAUGGUGCAUCCACUUGCAUGCAUUUGAAUUGAAAUAUAUUCUUGUCAAUCGCCAUGUGCGUGGUGUGAAGAGGGUGAAUGGCAGUUUUCUAAAUGUGUGUGUGUCCGUGAAGUGAUGAGGGCCUUUCUUAGUCCUUUUCAACUAGUUGGGUUUUAGAAUUGAAGGCUGUAUAUGCCUAACUAGGCAUGCUUCAGGCUACUUCUUUAUUAUCCAUUUCAAUCAUACAUUUUCAGCUGACAAAUACAAAUCAAAAAGGAUAUUAUCUGAAGAUACUGUGCCCUCGGAAUAGUUCCGCCUGUCUGAGCCUACCACGAAAUGAUGUCAUGCAUAACAGAUGAGCCACACAUAAAUGGUGGCACCCAUGGUGCAAUAGAAAAUUGGUUGUAAAAAAUAAGAAAACGUCCCUUUCAUAAAAAAAAUUUUCACGCCUCAGCCGCGUGGUUGGUAUGGUAUUAGCAUCCCACCUCGGUGGUCGCGGGUUCGAUUCUCGGCGAUUCCAUUGAGGAGUGAGAGAUGUGUAUUUCUGGUGAUAGAAGUUCACUCUCGACGUGGUUCGGAAGUCACGUAAAGCCGUUGGUCCCAUUGCUGAAUAACCACUGGUUCCAUGCAACGUAAAAGCACCAUACAAACAAACAAAUAAACACAAACCAGGGGUACUUAAAUAGAAAAUACUACACAAGGAACAGCUAAAAUGCAACCAGAAGUUCCCCUUUAAGAGCAAAAUUAUGUUGGUGUUAUUCUUACCUUUAAGCCUAUACAGUAUCUACGGUAGAUACUGUCUUGCACAGUGUAAAGCUAGCAAGUAAAUUUGAUUGAAUUUAUCUCUGUAAUCCUAAGGGGCUUGAGACCUCUGUAUUUAUUUUUUGUAAUUUUCAAUUUCUGCACUCAUUCUCCAUCAGUGUUAUUUGUCCAUUGGUGUCAUAAAUACCCUUGAGCAAGUACAGAUGCCAAUAGUCCCUGGAUCACACAAGUUUUGUGUUAAUUUUACCAGUUUUCGGGCCAGUGCUAGAAGAUUAUCCUAAUGUUAAGACCAAAAGUUUGUUAGUUAUGAAAAAUACAAAAUUUGUCAUUUUUCUAAGGAACUGGUAUAUUUGAAAAGCUUUGUAAAGAAUGUGAAAGAUUAUUUAACAUUCUUACUUAGUUAUUUGUUUAUUAUCUGCAGUUGGACUAAUUUCAUGUAAUUUCAGUCCAGAACUUUGAAAGUUCUUCAAGAAUUUUAAAAAUCCCAAUUUAUAUUGAUUGAUUUGUUGUAAAAUAAUCACGAGAGAUCGUGACAGACUUAUAAUAUAAAUAAGAACUGUUACUUCUGCUCGAAUAAUAUAUUCCAGAUACAGUAUUUUGAAGGGCAGUCGAGAUCCCAGAGUAAAAUAAUUUUGUAUGAUACUCGUAUCUUGCCCUCAAGACUAUAGUAUAUCUUUGUUUGCAUUAGUUCCUUUUUUUUCAUUUAAAAACAUGGACUAAAAGGAGAAAAAUUAUCCUGUAGAUAUAUUUCAGAUAGACUUCUUUCCUUUAAAAGCUUUUAUUAAUAUUGCUCAUGAAAUUCUUCUUCCUUGAUUGUUAUGGUUGAGGCAGAAAACAAGUGAUGUUGCCUUGUAUUUAAAACAUUUUCCAUCACAUAGCACAUUAUUUUAGAAGAAUAUCUUUUCCUAUUGCUAUCAGUCUCAUUAGGUUCAUUGAAAUAACAUGGCUACGUUAUUUCAGGCUUAUUUAUAAUUUUCCAUUAUCUUUGGUAAACAUUUUUAAUAAGAGGGGGAAAAGGUGUUUAGAAAGAAAAUGGUUUUUGAUGCGGAAAUGCAUAUCAUGAUAACAUGGAGUUGUACAGAUUUUAAAUUAGGAAAAUAUUUUAUGGUGGUAUUUUUGCAAUUUUUUUCAGGGUUAUUGUUUCUUUAUUAUAUUUGAUUAUGUUAAAAAAAAAAAAAAAAGUCGUAAAAGCCAUUUUUACAGAGUUGUAAUUUAUUCCCACAGCUAUGUAAGACAACAAAAUAUCUUCUUGCUGGUGGAUCACAUAUAAUAUUUGAGAUGUGUGUUUCUUUUUCCUUAAUAUUUAUUCACAUUGUCCUUUGUAAAAUAUUUGUACAAAUAUAUAAAUAAUAUUAGACUCAUGUACAAAAGUAACUUUUUUUCUACAAAAAAUACACAUGCAUAUUGUACUUGUUUCUUUCUUAUUGAUUGAAUGUAAAAUAUGCAAUAUGAGGGUGGUAUGAGACCCUAUUUAUACUGAAGUGUAUACCAUUCUUUAUCUAUUAAAGAUUAUGAUAUUUUA